AUGAAUAAAAUUACGCUGGCUAAUCGAUAUCACGACCACAUGUACCAUUACAUGAACAACCAGUCAGUGAGGAAGGAAGAAUUCACCUACUUUGAUGGCAAGCAGGUGGAUGUCAACUCUGUAGGUGCAGAAGCAUCUAUCCCCAGCGGGACUAGUCUGGAUAAGGAAAAAAUGAAUAGUACGAACACACAAGAGGGUAAGACCAACAAAAGAAACGCAGACCAGAAGGGAAGUAACGACCAUAUUGCCAACCCCGGUUUGGGCAGCAACAGAAGAAGUCGUAGUAAGAAUAAUGGCAUGAAGAAAUGCAACCAUAACAAUAACGGUAAUGUCGAGUACAACAAUGGCACUUGUACUAGCUACACCAAGAGCAGUUUUGAGGAACAGAAAAAAGGAAGCGCAUUGUCUGGGAAGAGGAAGAAGAAUGGUCAGGUUAGCAGUUCCAAUUGUGGUGGCUUGGGAAGUAAAGUGUCGAACGAGACGGGAGCAGAAAUCCUCAGCAAAGGAAACGAUAACAAUAACACCGUUGUGAGGGGUGUAAGCAGCGGGAAUGCUGACACCGGUGCUGUGGCCGAUGCGACAACAGCGCCAUCGGAUGUGCGAAGCGGUAAAGUAGUCCCUAACUUUAGAAGUACCAUAUAUGGCGAAGUGAACCUGGCCGAGAGUGUCAACUACCACCCAAUGCGCUACGACAGCAAGGAUAGACUCAUGGACAAAGGAGAGAAUAAAAACGCACAGGUGUUGAAUGAACGAGCCUUUGAAAAAAUGGGGACCAACUUACUACGAAAGGAUAAUGCCUGUUUUGAAGAUCCUUUUACCAAUAAUUUUAGCGGAGUUCAGCGUGGCUUUAGUGACAAAAUGGACCUAAGCAACAUAAGCCGAUUUGUGAACCACACGAACAGCAGAGUAGAAAAGUCGGAGAAAGCUCUCAUACCGUUUGAUAAGUGUGCCAAUCGGGACACGCAUAGAAAUGGCGAAGAGGAGGAGGAAGAAGAAGAGGAGGAAGAGGAGGACGAAGAGGAUGAAGAGGAGGACGUAGAAGACGAAGAGGACGUAGAAGACGUAGAAGACGAAGAAGACGUGGAAGACGAAGAAGAUGUAAAAAAGGGAGAACUUCAUAACACGCCAAGUAGCAGUUUUUCCACAUAUUACAGAAGUGACACUGUCGAGGGGGCGACCACGUCCAGCGAUGUGAAGGAAGUGUCUCCUGUCGUCAGCGCAGUGUAUGACUGUGGAAAUCCCUGUGGAGGAGAAAAGCGCAGCAAGAAGCAAUGGAAGAGGGGAAAUGGGAAGAGGGACCCUCCAUCUAGCGAUAAUAAGGGGAAAACCUCAAUCGAUUGCGGGGAUAGGAGCGGUGAAGAGCAUGCGGGGAGUAACAACGGGGAGAUGGCGAGGUGCAACAUAAGCGGCAACGUGAACCAAAACAACAACAUAGGCAUCGGCAUCGGCAAGCAAGGCAAGGAGAGCAGUAUUAACGUCCACCGAAAUGGCAGUGUCGGAAGCAAAAACAACAAAGGCAACGGGGGCAACAGGAACAAGCACCAGAACAGGAAAAAUAGCAAAAGAAAGAACAGCGCCGGGAAGGAAGAGGCGAGAGCCAAAGGUAUGCACGCUGAGGUUGGAGGGGAUGGGAAUGCCGCUAACGAGGCAAAUGACGCUAAUGACGCGAACGAGGCAAACGACGCUAACGAGGCAAACGAGGCAAACAACGUUAACGGCGCAUGCACCCCAAAAAACUCCCAAACCACCAACGGUGCAAACAAAAAGGCUCAGAAAAACGGAGUGAAGGUAAUCCAAAACAGCUGCCCUGCGCAGAGCGACACGAACAACGCUGCGCAAGCCCCCAACGGGGCAGAUGACCUAGUAAACUUGUCCACGCUGCAAGAUAGCGCCAACGCCAGCACGAUGAAGAGCGCAGGAGCAGAUGUAGACUUGCUUUUUUUUCGCGAAAAUGAUGAUCCCUUAGAGGAACAUUAUAUGCUGUUGGAGGAAGAUGAUUAUGGAGUUCACAAGGUGAAGGAAAAGGCUGCAAAAAAGGACACCGCCGGAGAGAAGGACACCUCCCUGGAAAGGGACACCUUCCUGGAAAAGGACAUCUCUCUGCAAAAGGACAUCUCCCUUCAAAAGGACAUCGCUAGGGAAAAGGACAUCGCCGGGUUGAAUAACACUUUGAACAUAUUAAGGAAUAAUCUGUAUCAUAUCUUUAGCGAUUCGUGCGAUGAGCAGUGCAGUGACGAGUGCCUCGUGGGGAGUUUGGACGGCGCCGCGGAUAGAAGUAGGGACAGGGGUAGCGAAAGCGUUAGUUUCGUGGACAAGCCUAGAGGUGACACGCAUAGGAGCGACACGCAUAGGAGUGACACGCAUGGGAGCGACAUGCAUAGGAGUGACAUGCAUAGGAGUGACAUGCAUAGGAGUGACAUGCAUAGGAGUGACAUGCAUAGGAGCGACAUGCAUAGGAGUGACAUGCAUAGGAUCGAUAUGCAGAGGGGUCCUAUGCAGAGCGCAGUGGGGCAGAAGGGACUGGCGCAAAGCGGUCUUAUGGAACGCAGCUUUAUGGAACGCGGCUUGAUGGAACGCGGCUUGAUGGAACGCGGCUUGAUGGAACGUGGCUUGAUGGAACGUGGCUUGAUGGAACGUGGCAUGAUGGAACGCGGCUUUAUAGAACGCGGCUUUAUAGAACGCGGCUUUAUAGAACGCGGCUUUAUAGAACGCGGCUUGAUGGAACGAGGCUUGAUGCAACACGAGUUGACGCAGCACGGGUUGACGCAGCACGGGUUGAUUCAACGCGGCUUGAUUAACCAGUGGGGCGCCGCACAGACCCCUUCGUACGAAGAGGAUGCGGAGGCGGAGAAGGAGGACAAGUUGGGAAUUAAUGACCUUCGCGGUGACAGAAGCGCAUUCAGGGGUCAGCACUCUUUAAGCGACGCGCCGUAUAGCGGUUUACUACAGGCUCCAUGCAUGAGCGGCCUGAUGGGCAGUGUGCCCUACGUGCCCAGCGUGCCCAGCGUGCCUAGCGUGAGGGGAAUCGUACCCCACAACAGAUACGGCCCGAGCGGCGUUGCCGGUGUCAGCAGUAUUGGCAGUAUUGGCGGCGUUGCCGGUGUCAGCAGUAUUGGUAGUAUUGGCAGCAUUGGCAGCGUUGGCGGCGUUGGCGGCAGUGUGGUGAAUAAGCCAAGUGGGCACGGCGCGAGUGGAGCGCACCAAUCCCCCUUCGUGCCCAACAACCAGAAGAAAACGAACUUGAGCGGAGCAGUCGGGAAGAAAUGUGGAAUGGAAACUCACCUGAACAGUCGCAGUGGAAAUAUGGUUAACACAAAAGAAAGUGCAAAUUGCCAUAAGGCUAAAAAAAGAGUAAAUGAAAAUAUGAGUGUUGAAAGACCGGUAACAUUAAAUAACUCCCAAAUGCUAGAGGCAUUCAUGCAAGGAAGACUUUGCUUAAGUUGCGACUCGCUUGAUCAUCCUAUGCCUUUGUGUCCGAACAACUCCUUUGUGUGUCCUAACUGUCAUAAUAUCUCCCAUAGAGGAAAUGAUUGCCCAAUGAAGUGCCGUUUUUGCUUGAAAUACCACGUGGGUGUAUCCAUCAUGGACUGUUUAAAGAAGGCAAGAAUACAGAGUGAAAAGAAUUUUACAAAUGAAGAAAAGAACGAAACAAAUAAAGUAGGAAAAAAUGUGAAGAGUAACGACGAUAAUAGGGUUAGUGUAGGACCAAGAUUUGAUAUAACUACAAGACCUGAUAAUUCCUAUGGAAGGAGUGUAUAUGUAUCCAAUUUGAGCGAAGAUAUAACGAAUGUACAACUAAGAGACGCCAUUAACAACCAUUUGGAGAAUGGCUACGUAGUAAAUAUCGAUAGACAGGAUGGAUACGCAUUUGUGGAGCUGUCUAAUUUGAACUCUACUUUCCAACUGGUGCAGAAAUCCAUAAACAUAAAUUUUAGGAAGUUAAAAAUUCAGUUUAAAAAAACAGGGCAAUUUUUGAUACCUGACAAUUUGUCCUUAAGCGUUAAUAAUGUGGUUAGCUUUGGUUUGCACCGAAGUGGUGGAGUAGGGGGGGGAGCUACUACCCUUGUGCACGACAAGCUGGGGAAAAACGGGACGACUGCUGUCUGUAGGAAGAACCCAUCGAAUGGUGCGAAUAGCAAUGCGUUAAGCAGCGGAAGCGGCGCCACCAGUGGGAACGCUGUCGAAGUUUGUAGCAAGUUGAGGCUGGGCGGAAGUAAGGGAGGAGGCAAUAACAGCGCAAACGGAGUUACCUUACCGGGCGUGGCAGACGGCAAGGGCAAAUACGCGUGCAAGUCGUCCAGCGCGAAGCACCCCAAAGCUCAGCAGCAGAAGAAGCAACAUGGGCAGCAUGGGCAGCAGACGCAGCAGGGGCAACUGCAACCGGUGGAGCUGAUGCAACCUGUGCAACAAGUGCAACAAACGCAGCAAACGCAGCAAACGCAACAAACGCAACAAACGCAACAAACGCAACAAACGCAACUAGCACAGCCCACGCAAUCGGCCCAACCCGCACAAUCGGCCCAACCCGCACAAUCGACCCAACCCGCACAAUCGACCCAACCCGCACAAUCGACCCAACCCGCACAAUCGACCCAAUCCGCGCAGCAAAGGAAAAACAGGCAGAAGGAUAACCUCAAGCAGGGAAGAGCCGGGCACAGUAACGGCACCUCCACCGUUGACAAGAACCAGAACGCAAAAGCCGCCAACCUCAGCCAAAAGAAAAACAAACUGGUGGGUGAGAGGAACCAGGAGAAGGGAAGAAGGGGCAGGCCAUCCGAUGGAACUGUUCCCACAAUGGGAAACGGAGAUGGAAAUUACGGUGCAGUCACCGGGGGGGCCUUGUUUCAUGGGUGCAAAAAUCCUCACAGUGUGCAGAUUCCGAGCUUACAAAUUUUGAAUAUGCCCAACGACUACCUCUUAGCACAGCACCUCGAUGGUGCCAAGACCGGAGCAGUAGCAGAAGGAUUGACUCGAAACUACUACGAUUUUAUGUGCACCAAUGGUCUUGCGUUGAAGAGUGGCCACGUGAAGAAGACCAUGGAUGUAAAUAAUGUGCCGCAUAUUCCUGCCCUGUGUAGCAGUGGUUCUGGUAACGGUGGAAAUGACCAUUUCACUAGUGAGGCGGCUAAAGUUGGAUUGCUUUACGAAGGAAAUAAAAUAACCCUGAAGAUGGUAAACGACAUGAAUGAGAAGAACGAGCUACAUAAAAGCAUGACGACAGAGACGAGCAAAACGACAGCUACCACCACAACCGCGUCGGACAAUAUAUUGAGCACGCAACUCUUCAAUAGAGUCCCCCCCAUGAGGAGAAGUUUGCACAAAUUUGAUGAUAUCAUGAAGGAGACCCAUCUGUCUACGGUUAUGGAAGUCAGCGGGGCUGUCAGCAUGAACGGAAAAUUGACAAGAAGUAUGAAUGCUUCCCUGGGAGAUGGGAUGUUCGCGGGUGGAAGCAUGUCCCUCGGCCGCGUGGGCGACAGGGAUAGGGGCAACGCCGAGUAUAGCGGCGAGUUUAGCGGAGAGUGCAGCGGAGAGUGCAGCGGAGAGUAUAGCGGCGAGUUUGGGGGCGAGUUUGGCGGCGAGUUUGGGGGAGACUUUAACGGCGAGUUUAGCGGUGCCUACCUGGGCCCUUACAACGACCGCUUCACCGCUGAUGGAAAUAAUGACCGCCGUUACCGCACCAGCAGUGGCAACAAGAAUAAUAACUACCACAGCAACCAUAACAACAGCAGCGUGUCGGAGGGACGACCCAACAUAGACCUAAAAUCAAUCGUGGAUAACGCCAUCGAAGUGAACCACGACACGUUGAAUUAUGACCAAAUCAGUUUUGCCAACGCGGCGGGGGAAGGUCUUCUGCACGAUGAUGUUCCUGCCUCGUCUGCUAAUGCUCCUGGUGCCUACACGUUUGGCGAGUGCGACGUUGCGGGCCCGUACCACUCUAACGAAAAUUACACGAGGCAAAAUAAAAUGUACAGUAAUAAACAAGGCAUAGUUGGGCCCUACAUAAAUUUUGAGGCAAGCGUCAACGGAAACAACAUAUGGAAGGACAGAAACGGUGGCCACAUGGGUAGCAGUGGCAAUAGUGGCAGUAGUGGCAGUAGUGGCAACAAUGGCAGUAGUGGCCAUAGUGGCAGUAGUGGCCAUAGUGGCAGUCGGCAUCCCCCUGAUUUGAAACAUUCGUGCAAUAACAUUUGCGACGAUAUGUUUUUUGGGAACCACGACAUCUAUGAUGUAUUUUCUCGGUUCAAUGCGAUAAAGUUGGAUGACGACAGCGGAGGCAGCGGCAGGGGUGGAGGCGCGAUUAGCGACGGGGUUGGCCACCCCUUUGCCAUCGGAAGUACUCAGCACAACGACAGCUGCAACCGCAACCGCGAUGGCAAUCCCAAUCUCAAUCUCAGUCCCAAUCGCAAUCUCAACCCCAUCUGUGCGCAGAAUGACGUGCACCAGAUGCCACCAUCACCAAAUGAGACAACGGAUGAGGAGAACAGAAUUACGUUCGACGAAGAGAAUAAAAUAAAGUUCGAAGCGGACAGCAAAAUAAAGUUUGCAAACCUCAGCUCUGACAUGUUUCAACAACUGAGCGACCGUUCCGUCAAGGAAGACGUAGACCUUAUGGACGACUCCUACGUGAGCAGCAUGAAGUACAAAGAGCUGGAUGCCAUUGAGAAAGAUUUGGAGAAGCACAUCAAGGCUUUGUGGAACCUCCGCAAGAUAAAGUUGGUGAAGUCGCACGACAUUCCGCACGGCAUUCUGCAUAACAUUCCGCACAACGAAUUUGUGUAG